AUGCCUUCUGAUCUAGAGGUUUCACUACAAACAGCAGCAUCGAGCUAUGGCAUCGAUCAUUUUUUAUCUGCCGUCAAGCGAACCCCCACCGUCUCAAGCAAUGAUGCACCUUUGCGGAUGAGUAAAGUGUUUAAGAAAAGAAAGAAAGCUAGAGACAAAGAGGUGCCAAAAUUUGAUGACAAAAAGCCACUCGUGCUCCAACAGCCACUUGUGGCAACUACACAAGUGAUAUCUUUAUCGGAUCUUGUACGUGCCGGUAAAGACAUCCCAAAAGACUUUUACCGAUGGAUGGCAUUCAACUGUCGCACACUGCCUGAUAAUUAUAUACACGAUGGUUCAGGAUUACUUGCUGACUUGCAGGCGAUCAUUGCCAUUGACACUGCACACAUUGACUGUAUUAUCUCAAAGAUCAAAACUGUGGUCCUUGUCUUUUGUCAAGACAACGACAGCGCUUGGGUGUCGGAUUAUGUGGAUGCGGCGGCUUCGCUCUUGCGCGUUGCACGCAGCUUGAACAUUGCUUCUGCACGUCAUCUGUUUCAGCAAAAGGGGGUAGCAAAAGAGCUGUACUCCGUCACAUAUCCCGGCAUGGCCUGCAACUUACCAAAGCCACAUUCCAGACACACGACGAAGCACAUACUUGCAGGCGUCCGGUAUUAUGCGUAUCUGGUACGCGAAUUCGGUAUUCCAGUUGUUUGCUUACCGACAAUGUUCAAUCCACAAAUAAUGAGCAAGAAUCAUUUUCGGUGUGGCGACGAAGUCGCCACAGCGAAAAUGAGUGACCCCGAUGACCCCGACAUUUCAAUUCAAGUGGCGACGGAUGACCCCGGCCUGACCCCGGGAUUUAGCCAAUCAAAUUAAGAGAAAGUGGUGAGGAAGACAGCAAAAUAGCAGGAGAGCUAGCUCCACUUCUUUUAUUACUUAUUUUUUUUUUCUCUUCAACACUCGUUUACUACCGCUUUUUAUUCUAUACAUAUUAAAGCAAGAGCGGUUGCAAAAAAAGGUAUUUAGUUUCUGGGAUGUUAAUUGCUAGAGGAGCAGUGGCAUUGGGAUGGCGAAUGGUUUACUCUCUUUUACUAGUAGCAAUUGCUGGAACUUUUAGCCAUUUGACGAGGACAGCAACGUACUC